AACGUGUCCAGGACGAGUCCAUGCGGAACCAACCGCUCACAUUGUCCAUGUUCCUGACCAACAUUCACACUGUUGACGUUCCUGACUCGUGUCGGUGGCUGAGGUCUCUCUCCAUCACAUCUUCAUGCUCUCAUCUCCUCCACUGUGUCCUUGGUGUGAGUUGAGUGUAAACUGACACAGGCUGUGUUUACUGUAAAUCCCAUCUCGGCCUCACGUAACUCAGCUGCUUUUAUGGCAUCCGUCUGACGGAUUGUGAUGCUUGUGUGGCGAGAGGAUGGAGACAGGUUUUACUUAAUCCAACGCCAAAAAAGAAGCAAUAAUUUAAGCCUAUAAAAAUGGACAAACUACAAGGAUCCGCCACAGGAACUCGAUUCUGCAGCUGCUGCCUCGGAGACAGAGUCUGCGUCAGUUGUGACUGAGGUCGUCUGGGUUUUGGUACGACGACGCCAAAUAAACAAUAGGGUGCUUGUGUUGAUGCUCAGCACGAAGCCUCGCGUUGGCUGAGAUCAGAGGAGACGGCACAGCAAGGCCCUUGGCGUCCCAUCAGCCACCUGGAGAGGGCGGAGCCUGGGUCCACCCAGGAGGAUGACCAGCGUUUGUUCAGCUGGUCGUGGAGCUCCCUGUCCCACAGGUGAUCAGGUCCAGUGGAGGCCUCUGACUGCACUCGUCAGUUGACUGUGAUACAGAAGUAGAUGUUCGGCUCUGGGGUAAAAGUUACACCUUGAUACGUUGAGGCCUAGAGCUGGACCAUUAAGCCCACGACAGGCUGCUGGUUCUGGUUGGGUGUCAGUCGGGUCCAGGUCUCCAUAUUAUUGUGAUCUACACACUCGUGCUCCCUGCUGUUGGUUUCUGUUGGAGGCGCAUCUCUCAUCAGCGCUCACAGUGUUACUGUAAAUGCUUUGAUCUGAGUGCGCGUGGCUGCUGACGUGUGGUGGUGACAUUGCUACAGCACACAGAGCAUCCCUGAGCAGGUCAGAGACAGAACACGCAGGAGGAAGUGGCUCAACGCUCCCACACAGUGAACUUCACCUCAGGACCAACGUGUGUUAGCAGCUGUGGUGCAGAGCUGGACCUGGGAGCAGCCUGACUCACGGGCUGGUCCUGGGUCAGCGCAGACGCACAGGAAACCGUGGUUGAUAUUUCUAGUUUCUAAAUGAAUCAGACGCUGCUGAAUCUGCUUCGCUGCAGUCAACAGGAAGUCUGUCUGUGCGCUGACGGUUGAACGUCCACAAACAGACGAAUUGUGUUUCUCAGCAGCCGAGUGGCUGAAAGACUUCGGCUCCUGGAUGGAUUAGCAUGGAAUUCCUCAGAAUCCAGUCUUAAAACACCUUUCUACAGACUAAGCUGCACGUUGUGAGGAACUGUGUCGUGACUGAUGCUUUCAUUCAUGUAGACUAGUUCUAGUUUGGUUCUGGUGGGUUUUCAGGUCAGGUUUUGGUUCCGGACCAUGCGAUUGAUUUCAGCUCAUAUUAGUUCUGCAUGAAGCAGUAAACAAAGCAUGAAGGCUGCAGCCGGGCUCCAUGAUGGGAUCCUUCAGGCGUCCCAGGCCUCGGUUCAUGAGUUCUCCGGUUCUGUCAGACCUUGCUCGGUUCCACGCCAGCUCACCUGCUCUUCAGAUCUCCAACACCAGCGUGUGGAACAGCGUUCAAUCAGCUGUGAUGAAGGUGUUUCAGGGCGGAGCUCUGCAGACUAAUGAGCUGUUCACCCUUAACGAGAGCAUCAGGUGGCUCCUUAAAACGGAGAUGGGCUCCUUUAUUACAGAAUACUUCCAGAACCAGCUGUUGGUCCGAGGUCUAUCUGAGGUUUUAAAUCAGAUCCUUCAUUCAGCAGGUGAGGAACAGCUGGCUGUCCUCGCUGACAUGUGGGUCCAGUUUUUCACUGAGACUCUUCCCACCCUGCAGGCGAUCUUCUACCCCGUGCAGGGUCAGGAGCUCACUGUCAGGCAGAUGGCCCUGUUGGCCUUCAGGGACCUUGUGCUGCUGAAGCUUCACCUGGAGGAGAGUCUGGGAACUGCAGCCUCAGUGCCUCCAGCUGUCACACAGAUGCUGCUGGUGCUACAGGGGAUCCAUGAGUCCGGAGGUCCCAGUCUAGAGUAUGACAGGUUGGAGCGUCUGGUCGAGGUCGUCGUGUCUCCUUAUCUCAGCAACGUUCUUCGGAACCGAAGCAAGCAGCUGUCGGACUCCUGUCGUCGCUGUUCGUCUGGCUUGUUGCUAAGCAACCAACCUGAGAUCACCAUCAGUCAGCAUCACACUGCCUCGGACACUUCGCUGGCUCCGCUGGUGGAGCAGGAGGGGGAGGCCUACCUGGAGAAGGCGGGCGGAGUGCGACGCCACACGGUGGCCAACGCGCACUCUGACGUGCGGUUGCUGACGGUGGCGGGCAGGAUGCAUGCUGGGAAGAAGGACGAUGGCAUGGCAGCAGGAGAGGGGGCAGUGGGGUUUUUGGUGGGGGUCAGGCAGAUGAGUUCCAGGUUGUUCCCGAGCCAGCGGAACUUGGCGGCGUGUACGACAGUCGGGGUCAUGUGUCCUUCAAACAGCUAGGAAACAUAAAUCUGACAAGCAGCAGACGGAGGAAAUGAGACGGACGCGAGAAGUUAGUUAACGUAUCAUCGUUCAUGGACCUACGUCCUUCAUGAGCCCCAGCAGCUGGGACUGAUCCAGAACCAGCUGCUGUUUUAGGAUUGUUACUGAAUAAUAAAACUCAAAUAUGAAGGGA